AAAAAGUACCCUUGAUACGGAUUACCUUUAAAUUACCUCAGAUUCCUUAAGAUUACCUAAUACUACAGUUCGAUCAAAUAACUUGGCAAAAGUUUCAAUUUACCGUCAAAAUUCAUCAAUGCCGUAUUUUCCGUAUUGAUUUCAGCCGGUAGUUCCCUCGAUGAUUGGUCAGAAUUUUCCAUUUUGAUCGAUUUCGAUAAUAAAACCAGAAAAAAAUAAUAAACUAGCACAGAGCAAAGAAUCAAGCACAGAGUAGGCAACUCGGCGGACAUAUAGACCCGAAAACACAUGAAAGGUUGCGUUUCCGAUAUUUGGUUGUCUCUCGGCGGUUAGAUAUACUGAAUAUAUCUUCAUCUAUUUGUAAUGUUACUAAUUUUUACAAAAUCCUGUUUUAUUAGAUUUUAGAAUAGGUUUCUCAUAACUAUUCAUGUAGCAACACUUUAAGUUCAAGCUUUUUAACGCAUCAAGUUCAUGCAUGUAUUAAUUUUGUACACAAUUAUGAGUACAAGAAUAAUACUUGUGGUCAGACUAUGAUAUAUCGCGCAUGGUACCACGAUUACCUUAGAUUACCUCAGAUUAUCUGAGACUACCCUGAGAAUUACCUAGCCCUUGUACAAAGAUUACUUCAGUGACCAACCCAUCGACAAAUCCUUUUGUACGAUAUCAAUGGCCUAAUCUUGUGCUCUGUUUUACUCUUGGUUACGAUUUCAGAGAUGAACAUAUGCUCAAAACUUUAAUCUACUCCAUCUUUUUUAAUGUUAUACCUUUAAAGACUCUUUUUUUAACUUCCUAAUUUCUUUCCUUCUGUUUUUUUGUCAAUAGCUACUCAUUUUGUACGUAUAAACUGCACACUUAUAUAUUAUAAGUAUAUUAUCGUACGAAGCAAGCCACAAGUCAGUGAUGAAACUGUAAGUUUUGAAAUUUUUUGUUUUUCACAUAAAGUCUAGUCUGUUGACAAGCAUUUCUGUGUGUCAGUGUGGAAGAGGAUUGGUUGUUCUAGCAACCAAAAAACAGUAGCAACGGAAUUAAAUUAUGGGUAAAACGACUUCCCUUAAUGUUUAGGACGAGCUUUCGUUGUGCAAUGCUCACAAUUCGUUAUUCUUCAUCUAUUUGUAAUGUUACUAAUUUUUACAAAAUCCUGUUUUAUUAGAUUUCAGAAUAGGUUUCUCAUAAAUAUUCAUGUAGCAACACUUUAAGUUCAAGCUUUUUAACGCAUCAAGUUCAUGCAUGUAUUAAUUUUGUACACAAUUAUGAGUACAAGAAUAAUACUUGUGGUCAGACUAUGAUAUAAGUUGACACAUAUAUUUUUAUAUAUAAUUAAAAGCUUCUUAAUCACAUGCAUAUGUUUAUAUUAUAUCAUUACCAUUUUAUCGAAGAAUAAAAGAAACACUGGGUAUAUUUCUGCACGAAAUAUCUCUUACAUUUUUUGGCAUUAAAUGUUGCAAUAUGACUUUGAUGUGAUGAAACAAAUGGUGCAAGUAUGAAGUUUUAUAUGAUACCGUGUAUCUAACCAUUAUGAUGUGUUAUCAAGAUGUUAUAUAACGGACCCCACUACUCAAUGAACAUAUAUAAAAGGACGCGGGCAAUACAGCCGACAGUCGACGUGCUACGAUGUGCUACGUCGCAUUGAUCGCGCUGUGAAAUUAGGUUUAGUAACAUCAUACAGGAAUUCAUGCUCGUAUUAUUCAACAAGUUGCGCACAGUGUUUUCUACGAGUUUAUUCCCAUUACACAAGCAAUUAUCAACAUGAUAUAUGCAAUAAUCUUGUCGGUGAUAGCGGGCGCUCUGGGCCUAUAUUACUAUUUCUUCAAGACUGUGAAUAUCUUCAAGGAGCAUGGAAUACCUCAUAUACCGCCGCAACCCUUACUAGGAAUGGUGAAAUACUUAAUUCGCCGUCAGUCAAUAACUGAAUUUGCCAAAUUGAUGUACAACAUAAAUCCUCAUGCCACGUACGUCGGCAUGUAUGACUUCACCAAGCCAGUCGUAGUGCUUCGUGACCCUGAGCUCAUUAAACUCAUCACGUCAAAACAUUUCGACACGUUUAUGGAUCAUCGCGACUUCGUUGAUGAAACUCAGGAUGUCCUAUUCGGCAAGAGCCUCUUCUCCCUUCGCGGAGACAGAUGGCGACAAGUUCGAGCUUUACUGAGCCCAGCUUUCACGUCCAGCAAGAUGAAAGGUAUGUUCAAGCUGAUGUCGGAGUGCGGCGCCGACUUCGGCACGUACCUAGCGCAAAUGCCCCCGGAAAAGAGGACGAUGGAAAUGAAGGAUGUAUUCGGCAGAUACACCGUGGACGUAAUCGCUACUUGCGCCUUCGGCGUCAGCGUUGAUUCGAUGAGAAAUCCAACCAACGAUUUCUAUGUAUACGGCACAGAAGCGGCCGGUUUCAACAUCAUCAUGUUCCUAAAAUUCCUUGUGUUCUACACUACGCCUUGGUUAGCACGACUGCUGAAACUGAAAUUUAUCCGAGACCAAGUAAAGAAUUUCUUCGGCGAUCUCGUCGAAACCACCAUAAGGACUAGAGAGGAGAAGGGUAUCGUCCGACCGGAUAUGCUGCAGUUGAUGAUGGAGAGCAGGGGCAAAGAGGGUAAACCAGAUAUGACUAUCGACGAUAUGAUGUCGCAGGCAUUCAUCUUCUUCUUGGGCGGUUUCGAUAGCACUUCGGCCGCGAUGUGCUUCGCCGCUCACGAGAUCGCGAUAAACUCCGACGUACAAGAGAAACUUCAAAAUGAGAUCGACAAUGUUUUGGAGGAAACAAGCGGACAAGCACCUUACGACGCCAUCAAUAAUAUGGAAUACCUGGACGCCGUGGUCAACGAGACGCUCAGGAUGUAUCCGGUUGCUAUACUGACGGACAGAGUGUGCUUGAACGAUUUUGAACUGCCACCGGCUUUGCCAGGGGCGAAACCCUAUACAAUAAAAAAAGGAGAUGGCAUAUGGAUACCUAUGUAUGGGCUCCAUCACGAUCCCAAGUACUUCGAAGAGCCGGAGAAGUUCGAUCCGGACAGAUUUCUGGGAGAGCGGAAGAAACAUAGCCUCAACUGUGGCGCAUAUUUCCCUUUUGGUUCGGGCCCCAGAAUGUGCAUCGGCAACAGAUUCGCAUUGUUAGAGAUGAAAGCGCUGCUCUUUCACUUAUUGGCGCGUUGCAGCUUGAAGCCUUGCGAAAAGACAUCAGUACCGAUCAAAUUUGCUAAAGACGGCUUUAAUAUGCAUGCUGAAGGUGGUUUCUGGCUGAACGUAUCGCCACGGGAAAAUAUACAUCAUGCUACUGUGAGAAACGCUUUCAAUGAGACGGCAUGCGACCUGUAAGAAAAUUGUAGUGAGUUUAUCAUGAUAGCAACAUAAAAUGCAAAAUGAAGAUAAAACAAGACAUUUUAUCCUUGACUCUUCGAUGAAGAAUGUUUCCGAUGUACUUCUAUCGUUAUUUUAAAGUUUAAGUGAAGGGAUAUAAUAUAGUGAUUGUCGCAAUCAUAAAUUCAAUACGUUGUCUUUAAAAUACAUCAUACUUCAUACUAAUAUAAUAAAGAGGUAAAGGUUGUUUGUUCCAUUGUUCGGGGUAAUCUCAGAAACUACUAAACCGAUUUGGAAAAAUCUUUCACUGGUGGAUAGCUUUGAUCUUCCUGAGUAACAUAGGCUAUGUGCAAUCGUCUUGCAACUUCUAAAAAUGUGCGCGUCGUAAAAAAUACAUACCGAGCACCAGCUAGUUUAUAUAUAUAUAUGUAGGCACACAUUUUAUGUACUCUCUCCCUCUUUCUUUUUGUGUGUGUGUGUGUGUGCGCGCGCGCGCGCUGGUGCGAGAGUUUUAUUAUUUAUAUGGAAAUAUAUGCAACAGUUUGUGUGAUUUGAGAAACAUCUUCCUUCUGGAUGUUUUCCAUUGCUUUCAAAUAGUGUGAUACUGUUAAGUCAUUAAUUCCAAGCUCUGCAAGAUGUUUUAAAGGGAUUCUGGAAUCAUCUGUAGUACAGACGAAAUGAAUAAUUUUUUUAAUAAAUCUUUUCAUUGGUUGUGCA